AAACCUGUUUUUGGGAAUAGCUGAUCCACCAUGCCAUACGAAUCGACCAUAACAUUCACUCUUGACACAAUAUGUCCCUGGACAUACAUCGCCUUUGUCCGUCUCAACAAAGCCCUCGACGCCUAUCGCUCAGCUAAUCCAGACUCGCCCGCCCAAUUCACACUCAAGCUCGCCCCUUACCAAUUGUACCCGGAUUUCUACGAAGAUGGCGUCGACAGGUACGAAUGGAACAAGGAGAGAAAGUACCAUGGCAGUGACGAGAAAAUGAAAGCGUACGCGCAUUACAUGGGCCUGAUUGGGAAAGCAGAGGGUCUAAAGUUUGAUUUCGAGGGCGGUCCCCUGAGUAAUACGCUGCAUGCACAUCGCAUCCUGUACUGGCUGCAGAAUAACAAGGGGCCGGAUGCUGCGGCGAAAGCCGCAGGUAGUCUGUACAGCCAGUAUUUUGAACAUAGGGCUGACCCCGCGAGCCGCGAGACGCUGGAGAAGGCGUGUGUAGUUGCUGGGUUGAGUGGGGAUGAGGCGAAGAAAGUGGUGGGGAAUGAAGGAGAAGGGCUGCGUGAGGUUAAAGCGGCGAUUAGGGAACAGGCGGGGAAUGGGGUGGAUAGUGUGCCGUAUGUUUUGUUUGAGGGGAAGAAAAGGGAUUUUACGCAUAUUGGGGCGAAAAGUGUAGAGGAAUAUGUCAAGGUGUUGGUGCAGGUUGAGAAGGAGUGUGCUUGAGUGGGGGGUGAUUUGGUUUGCUUUCCCUGCAAUUUGAUGUGC